AUAGAGAUAAAGAGAGAGUGAUAGUGAUAAUUGUGAUUGUUAUUACAUUAGGCAAGGCAAGUUAGUUUGGAGAACCAUGAAAGUGCUUAAUCAAAUUGGAACGAAUAAAGGGUGAGAUAUGGAGAAGAGCAAAAUUUUGGUUAUUGGGGCGACAGGAAAUUUGGGUUAUGAUUUAGCGGAAGCAAACCUCAAGUUUUGUCAUCCAACAUUUGCUCUUGUUGGAGACUCUGCUUUCUCUGACCCCAUCAAAGCCCAGGAGCUACCAUUCUCAAAGGUUCGCUGGAAGAUGACUGAGGCUGUGAGGUUAGUAGACGUGGUCAUUUGUUCCGUUUCAGCCAGAGAGACUCUGCAUCAAAAGCUUCUUAUCCGUUUCAUCAAACAAGUUGGCUCUAUCAAGGUCAUCAUCCAUAGGUUCAUCCAUCUGAAUUUGGGUGAGAUCCUACCAGGGUUCGAGUAUCUGUGCUUGAAGAUGGCUAUAAUUUCUAUGCACCCAAAGUUGAAAUUAGUAGACUUGUGGAGGCUGAAGGCAUUCCUUACACUUUCAUCUCAUGCAAUUUCUUUAUGAGGAUUUUGCUUCCUUCUCUUGCUCAGCCAGGCUUAGAUGCUCCUCCAAGGGACAAGGUCACCAUAUUUGGUGAUGGGAAUACAAAGGGUGUCUUCAUGAAGGAAAGUGAUGUUGCUGCAUUCACUAUCAAUGCAGUUGACGACCCUCGUACGUUAAACUAAGUGUUGUAUUUGAGACCCCCAGGAAACGUUUGUUCUUUGAAUGAGCUGGUUGAGAUGUGGGAGAUUAAGAUUGGCAAGAAGCUUGAGACAUUGCAUGUCUCUGAAGUAGAGUUGCUCCAGAAAAUCAAAGGUAUUAUAAUAGUAUAUAAAACUUCCUUGUCAAGAAUAUAGGAGGCAUGGACAAUCAUCUCAUACAAUAAUUAGUAUUAUAUGUUUAUUGUAUCAUCACAUGUCUAUUGUCCUGAACAAUCUUUACAUGACAUAUAAUUGGGGUUUUCAAUUUACGGAAGAGUUAAUAACAUUUGAUUACAUGCCACAUA